CACUCCCAUUAUUGCCCCCAUCGUCUUCUUCUCCAUUUUCUUCUUGCCUUCAAUCAAUUCAAACAUGAUUUCCCCAGUCAACAUGAAGUCAUAUUUCCUUCUCCUCCUCCUCCUCCUCACUCUCUCAUGCUCUGCCACAACAACGACCACUACGACUGGUGCUUCAAAUGCGGGCAACACCCUCGCAAUCCGCGUGGAGGAGUCGAGCCGGUCCCCAAGCCACCUCGCCAUCCGGUUCCUGAACUUGGACGCGCGGACCGAGAUCGUUGCGGUGGACGUGGCCCGGGUCGGGUCCCAGAACUGGAACUUCAUGGACAGAGGCGGCGGGGAGGGAGGGGCAAUUUGGGAAACGAACAGAGUCCCCGCGGGGCCUCUGCAGUUCCGGGUGGUGGUGACGGCCGGGAUGGAGGGGAAGUGGUACUGGGCAACAAAGGUGAUGCCGGAGGAUUGGAAAUGCGGGGAGGUUUACGACACCGGCCUCCGCAUUACUGACACUGCCAUGGCCUCCUCCGCCUAUGAUGAUAAAAUGCUAUAAAUAAUGCUCUCCAUAUAUGCUGUAAUAAUAACCGAUAUAUAUAUUUAUUUAGAUGUGUGUAUGUAUUUGUCGUCCAAAUUGUACUUAAUAUUAUUGUCGGGUAUGUUAGAAAUUAGUAAAUUAAUGUGGUACAU